CUAUGCACCGUGUGAUGCUGUAAACAAGAUUUUCACGGACAGAUCUGUGAAGAGAUCCACUGUUUUUGGUGCAGCUAAUGUUUACGAAAGCACAAAAUGCAAACGCUCCGGGAGGAACAGGGUCCCCCUCUUCCUCUGUCGUCUCUGCGUCUUUUUGUUCCGCCACUGCGGCUGGUGUGUGCAGCUCUGUGGCAGGUGAUCGAGCGGAGAGACAUCAUGGACUAUGGGCUGCUGGAGGAGUUUGCCACCAGCGUGUUGGAAAUAGUCCCGGAGCUAAUGAGUUACAGAGAGAGGGUCCAGCUCCUCCUGGGACUAAGAGCACGGCUGGUCCUAGAGUUAUGUCGCUGUGAUGAUGAGUUGUGUCACCCUGACACCGUUCAGCCACACCUGAACAGGAUGAGGAGCUGUGUCUCCAAUCAUAAGGGAGAGGUUUCAGAUCCAAAUGUGGAAGCAUCAGAGGCGAGCUUCACGAAGCUGAUUGAAACCCUAAUGGAGGAGCCAAAGGAGAGGGAACUCUUCUUCCAGAAUGUUUUUCCAGAGGAGUUUGGCCCCAAGUAUGAUUCAACACUGCAGAUUCUUGUGUGGGAGUUCCUGUCCAGACUGGAGAAACUGCUUCCUCCUCCAAACAUUAAACAGACUGCAUCGUGGCUCAACCUGGCCCCUGCUCUCUUAGAGGAGUGUGUGCAGUCUGUGGCUCACCCUGAGCCAUUACAGGCACUCCUGCAUCACCAUAAAAAUGGAAAACAGUUAGACACCAAUGCUCUAAGGUCCACUGGUGAUGACUACAUCCUCUCUUCACUGUCUUCCCCUACCUCUGUGAAGGAAGAAAGUGCCUCUUACCAAGCUGGCCCAGAGAGACAGUCCUAUCCCACCAUGCAGGGAUAUCAAAGCCCUUUCCCAUGUGAUGAACCAGAGAUGAGCUGGGACUGCCGAAUGGCAGAUUGUAGGGUCUGGACUGUAAAGCCACCAGCUGGUUCUGCUUCUGUGGAGGUCGAGGUCGAGACUAUAGACAACGCCACUGAUAUAAUGGUUAAACGCAAGACAAUCGUCAAAGAGUCGAUCAAAGAGACUUGGAGAGAAGAAGCUGUUCUCUGCCCUCAGACACGCAGCGGGCUGAAAACCAGCCGCUUGACAGCUGCAUGUCUGCGCCGUCAGCCUGUACUGCGUUUGAACAGGCUUGACAUGAACAAUAUGCCGUUCCCCAAGUCCUUGCUAACACUGAUUCUAAGGAGGGGGAGACUGCAGGCUGAGGCGACGAGACGCCCAGGACCGAAAAGAAGAGGCAGAAAGAAAAAACGGAGACGAGGACGUGGUGUUGCAAACGAGCAGAUUGAAACAGACACACUGGACGUAAGCGACACGCCGCUACCCAAGUCAUCACUAACACUGACCCUAAAGAGAGGGAUAGUGCAGGCUGAGGCGACGAGUUCCCAGGUACCGAAAAAGAGAGGCCGAAAGAAAGGACAGAAAAUGGUACCUGGUAGCACAAGGUUAAAGAUCGAAAAGGUUGGAGUACAUACGCUUGACAUUAGCGAUAUGUCAUUGCCCAAGACCUCGCUAAAGCUGAUCAUAAGGAGAGGGAAGCUGCAGGCCGAGGCAACGGACAGAAAAGAUGGACAGAAAAGAAGAGGCAGAAAGAAAAAAUGGAGGAGAGGACGUGGUGUCAGAGAUGAGAAGACUGAAGCAAAGGGUGUGAAAAGAGAGCGCUCACCUGAAACGGAGGAAGAUGCCGAACCAUCAGAUAAUGAACUUUGGACCACUGUCAAUAAAGGGGCCACUGUCGAUGAGUCUGGUGGAGUCCGUCCUUCUCCUCAUUGUCCACCAUCUCAUAAGAGGGAGGAGGAAUUGCAACAGCCCAUACAGAACUUUCACUCAGAGGAGCACAGUGGUCAUAUGGCCAAAGGGCAGAACAGAGAGGAACGGUCAGAGAGUGUACCUCAGGACUCUCUAACUCCUGAGCCAUCCAACUGCUCUCACAAAAGAAGCUUUCGCUCAGAGGAGCACAGAGGACAUAUGGCAGAAGUGCAGAACAGAAAAGAACGCUCAGAGAGUGAACCUCAGGACUCUCUAACUCCUGAGCCAUCCAACAGCUCUCACAAGAGAAGCCAACGAGUCAAAGCAUGCUCUUUCUGUGGCAAGACUUUCACUGACACACUGGGCUUGACAAGACACAUGCGAUCUCACAUUGAGCAGAUGCCACAUCAAUGCACCCAGUGUGGGCAAGACUUUGAAUUCAGUGAGGACUUAGAGGAACACCAGAAGCAUGGCUGUGAGAUGAACAAAAAGGAUAAUAGUGAGGCAAAUGGUGAUGACUAUUGUGGGAGAACUGUACAGCAAAAACCUGAUCUGAAAAAAAAAACUGAUCUAAAAAGAGACAAAAAACCUGAUCUGAAAGGAGGCAAAAAACCUGAUCUGAAGGGAGACAAAAAACCUGAUCUGAAAGGAGACAAAAAACCUGAUCUGAAAGGAGACAAAAAACCUGAUCUGAAAGGAGACAAAAAGACUGAUCUGAAAGGAGACAAAAAACCUGAUCUGAAAGGAGACAAAAAGCCUGAUCUGGAAGGAGACAAAAAACCUGAUCUGAAAGGAGACAAAAAGCCUGAUCUGAAAGGAGACAAAAAACCUGAUCUGAAAGGAGGUAAAAAACCUGAUCUGAAGGGAGACAAAAAACCUGAUCUGAAAGGAGACAAAAAACCUGAUCUGAAAGGAGACAAAAAACCUGAUCUGGAAGGAGACAAAAAACCUGAUCUGGAAGGGGACAAAAAACCUGAUUUGGAAGGAGACAAAAAACCUGAUCUGGAAGGAGACAAAAAACCUGAUCUGAAUGGAGACAAAAAACCUGAUCUGAAAGGAGACAAAAAACCUGAUCUGGAAGGAGACAAAAAACCUGAUCUGGAAGGAGACAAAAAGCCUGAUCUGAAAGGGGACAAAAAAUCUGAUCUGGAAGGAGACAAAAAACCUGAACUGAAGGGAGACAAAAAACCUGAUCUGGAAGGAGACAAAAAACCUGAUCUGAAAGGGGACAAAAAACCUGAUCUGGAAGGGGACAAAAAACCUGAUCUGGAAGGGGACAAAAAACCUGAUCUGAAAGGAGACACGCAAGACUGCUCCAUAAAGUGCCAUGUGUGCGGGAAAAUAACUACUCGUAUGCUGGGUUUGCGAAGGCACCUUCUCAUUCACUUCAACAAUGGAGCAUACAAGUGCUCUGCAUGUCCAAAGACUUUUAUAUCAAAUGCUGAUUUGAGAUCGCACCUGAGAUCAAAAAGAUCUUGCAGGGAGAAAUGUUCUGAUGAAGUAAUUACUCCCGGGCUCCACCUCAAAUCUGUCCCUGGUGAGUACAAGUGUCCUUACUGUGGGGACACUUUCCAGCUCCCAGAUGAUCUGAGAGGACACACAAAAGACUGUUCCAGAAAGUGCCAUGUGUGUGGGAAAACUACUGCUCGAAUGCUGGAUAUGCGAAGGCACAUGUUAAAGCACAACAACAAUGGCCCCUACAAGUGCCCGGUGUGUCCAAGGACGUUUAUAUCCCAUACUGAUUUGAAGAUGCACCUAAAAACAAAAAAACUUUGUCGGGAGAAAUGUUCUGAUGUAAUGAUGAAUGAAUUACUCUCUUCAGCAGAUGGUAAAUGUAGGGAAAAUGUCAAUGAAGCAGGAGUCAUGACAAGGUGCCAACAACCAAGCUCUAACAACACAGCCAGGCCUUUGAAGAGCAUUGAAGAGUUCUUUGAAGAAUUCUCUCAUGACUUGCAGCAGUCCGAUAACAGCAUAAGUAGUGAAGUGAACCUGAAUAGCCUCAAUAGCCUCGACGAAGACUACAGUGACGAGAUCAGUCAAUACCAACCCAUGAAGGAUGUUAACCUGAAUUGCCUCCACGAAGACUCCAUCAUGACCACUGAAGACUACAGUGACGAGAUCAGUCAAUACCCACCCGUUAAGGACGUUGACUUGAAUACCCUCCAUGAAGACUACAGUCAGGCUGAGAUCAGUCAAUACCAACCCGUUAAGGACGUUGACCCAGUGGAGGACAGAAGGUCUGUGGAUGAUUCAGGGGGAAAUGAGAUGGCCAAUGACAAAGAACCAAACUCAACCGAAUGCUUAACAGAGGAGCAGGUGUCUCACACUGAGGCAUGCCCUCUCCAGGAUUCUCAAUCAGAGACGAGCGGAGAAGUGAACAACGAGAUACAGGUGAUACCGGUAUCAACAAUAGAUACGACAAUACUAAAGGCACUGCAAUUUGAGGUUUUAAGGAAAUGAUGGACGGCAACAACUUCCCACCACUUUCCCUAUAUUUCAUUGUAUUGUAUGGCCAUAGCUCUCCUAAACCUGGGGCUGUAUUCACAAAGUGUCUCAGAGUAGAAGGGAUCUGGAAUACGUUUUUCCUUUCAGAUCAGAAUAACUAAGAGGAGCUGAUCCUAGAUCAGCAUUCCGACUCUGAGAAGCAUUAGGAAUAUGGGCCCAGAUUGGAAGGCAAAUGGAGCACCGACAUGUUGCUGUAACCGAGUGAGUUCCAUCUCAUCCUCUCUCUGUACACAACCCUUGGCACCGAAGUCAACCGUGCUGACAGACGGAGCUUGUUACUCAAUGAGAAAUAGUUGCCGUGAGAUCUCGGUGCGGGUGACAUCACCCCACGACAGCUACCAAUUCCAGCCUGCUAGUUCCACACCCACUACACUCACUCCCUAUUAGUCUGCUACAGCCAAUUUGUAAUCUUGAGUCACGGUACCAUUGUAACAGAGUGGGUUUUGUCCCCACCUGGGGGGCAAACUCUGCGUUGCCUUUGGACUGGGCUGAAAUGACAUUACUUUUGUUGUUUGUUUUUUGUUUUUACUUCAUGUAAAAAUGUGACAACUAUAUCUUUCCCCUUUCUCUCCCUCGCUAUCAUUAAGUGUCCACUUUUAUAACACUUUUAUAUAACACGUUAAUAUCAUGUGAUGUCACUGUAUACUGUAAGUUACUUUGGAUAAGUGUCUACGCCGUCUAGUAUUAUCUAUCUAGUAUUAUCGACAUGUUUAUCCGCCUUGUUUUGACGUUUUACAUAGGUGUGAUACAUUUAAAUUCAUUAAAGAAAACAUAUGAAAAGGCA